AUGUCUUCGACUGCCACUGAAUCCCGUCAAAAUGGGUCAAUUGGAACACAUGAUCAACACAAAACACAGGCCUCAUCACCACAAGAAGCUAAACCGGAAACUCCUACAAACAAGACCCCUAACGAUAAGCAACACAACUUCAAAAAGAAGUUAGUCAGAGCUCAACCUGACACCAAUGCUUUGAAAUAUAAAGCAUGGCUUGGUGGGCACAUUGCAUCUGUUGUGUUUGGUACCGUUUCUUUUAUUUUCCAAAUUUUCUGGUUACCCAAUGUGUUCUACAUCAAUUCAAUUUCCUAUAGGUUGGCAUUACUUGGUUCAGCAGUGGCUUUGACCUCUACAUUUAGUCACAAGUUUGGUUUACAUUUCUUACCGCCCAUAGCUACAUUAUUGAGUCACGAAAAUUUCCAAUAUUUGAUCUUGACCAUCGUUUGGUGCUUUACUUUCAAAUCAGUGUUUAAAAUCUUGCCAUAUUUCUUAUUGAGUGUGUUGCAUUUGAGCAAAGUGAAAAACAUCAAAGGUGUGCUCAAUCAUGCGUCUACUAUUUCGUCAUGGAUUGCCUACGACGAAUUGUUUUUGAUUGUAUAUUUGGUUUUGAGGACUUUGUUUUUCAGAAAUGCUAGUGGGUAUCAAUUGACUUUGUUUUUGAUCUUUUAUUGGUUGAGAGUGUUGUACAAUAAGGAGACUGGGAACUUGUUUUCUGCUAUUGUUGAUAGAUUGGAUGGUGAAAUGAUCAAGAUCAAAAACCCUACUGUUCAAAGAAGAUGGGAGAAGGUGAGAGAGUUUGUUAAAGUGAAACAAGAACAGGAAAACCAAGAUAAUUGA